UGGCUACAGAAAAAUUAAUAAUUCAUUCAGAAAAAAAAAUCUGUGCUGCUCUAUAAAAUUAUAAACCAGUAGUUUUUAUCAUAAUAUUCUCACGUAUUUAUUAAGUUUCUAGCAAAUUCAUAUAUGGAUAACCACACUUCGUUCAACCCAAGAGAGACAGCCGGGAAGAUCAUCACUUGCAAUGCUGCCGUCGUGAGGGGUCCAAAACAACCUUUUGUCCUGGAAAGGAUUCAAGUUGACCCCCCCAAGAAGAUGGAGGUCCGAAUCAAGAUCCUCUAUACUUCUAUUUGUCAUACUGAUCUCAGCUGUUGGAAAGGCGAGAAUGAAGCUCAGCGAGCAUUUCCGCGAAUACUAGGCCAUGAAGCUGUCGGAGUGGUUGAGAGCGUAGGAGAAGGGGUCACUGACGUGAAAGAAGGAGAUCACGUGAUCCCAAUCUUCAAUGGAGAAUGCGGUGAUUGCAUCUACUGCCAAAAAGGAACGACUAAUCUGUGCGGAAAAUUUAGAGUAAACCCACUCAAGAGCGUAAUGGCAAAUGAUGGAAAGUGUAGGUUUUCAAGCAAGGAUGGGGAACCCAUAUAUCAUUUUCUCAACACCUCCACUUUCACAGAGUACUCGGUGCUUGACUCGGCUUGUGUUGUGAAGAUUGAUCCUGAAUCCCCACUGAAGAAGAUGAGCUUGUUAAGCUGUGGUGUGUCUACAGGGGUGGGAGCUGCAUGGAAGGCUGCUGAUGUACAGGCUGGAUCAAGCGUGGCAGUUUUCGGAUUGGGUACCUUAGGACUCGCUGCAGCUGAAGGAGCACGAGCCAGAGGAGCAUCGAAAAUCAUAGGUGUUGACAUCAACCCAGACAAAUUCGACAAAGGCAGAACCAUUGGAAUUACAGAUUUUGUAAAUCCCAAGGAUAGCUCAAAGCCGGUGCAUGAGAGAAUCAGGGAAAUGAGUGGUGGAGGCGUAGACUACAGCUUCGAAUGCGUAGGAAACUUGGAAAUUCUUCGAGAAGCUUUCUUGUCCACUCACGAUGGCUGGGGAAAGACGGUGUUAGUGGGAAUUUAUCCAAGUCCGAAAUUGUUGCCUAUCCAUCCAAUGGAGUUGUUUGAUGGUCGGACCAUCACCGGAACAAUCUUCGGCGACGUCAAAGGAAAGACCCAGCUGCCUGAUCUUGCCAGAGAUUGCCUGCAAGGGGUUGUAAAUCUAGAUGGGUUUAUAACGCAUGAACUUCCCUUCCACAAGAUAAACGAAGCCUUUGGGCUUCUCAUGGAUGGCAAGGCCUUAAGAUGUCUUCUACACCUUUGAUUGUUUUCCUAGCAAUAUUUUAUAUAUUGUAUUUUAAUUAACCAAUAUCUUAUUUACAAGUGCGCUGCACGAUUUAAUUGUAUUGAAAAGGAACUUUUAAAGAAAUAAAAUAAUUGUUUAUCAAAUAA